GGGGAGCGCCAUCGAUCGGGGCAGCUCCUCCUGCCAGCUUCCUCUCCCCUCCUCGCCCGGAUCGCGCAGCCAGCGAGGGAGGAGGCGGGUGGCCCGCGGUGAGGGCACGGGCGGCACGGCCUCGCGGGUGCCAGGAGCCGGAGGGUUUGCACCUCCCAACUUUGGGAGCAGGAGCCGUGCGGCAGGGAGGCGGUUAACGUCCAGGAGGAUCCACAGCCGGGGGAUUAGGAGGGGCUGGCUGGCUGCAGGCUGCCUCCGGCUCCUAGUCCCCGCUCCAGCCGCGGUGGCUGCUCCUCUCCUGGGGCAGGAACUCGUGGCAGGGGGUGCCAGGCCCCGGCGGGUGAGCGGAGCUGCCAGCGAGCGGCAGUGCUCUCUGCUCUCCUUGGCAUCACUUUACCGCGUCCGAGCUGUUCUAACAAGUGGCUAGAGCAGCACUUUGGAGCUGGCCGGGGCUGGCGGGGCUCGGUUCGGCGCAGCGCCCCUGCCCGGGGGGCUCCGGUCCCUGCCCACUGCCUCUGCUCACGCGCCGGGCUGCACGGGGAAAUGACGGUGACAUGUCUUGAAUGAUUAAGUAUUCCCUGGAUUGUAUUAGCACAUGCUGCCUACCCGCUGCCUGUGUCUGCCGGGUCUUAGCCAGCGCAGGGGAGGCAGAGGCCGGGUUAUUUGACAGCUGUAUUUGUGCUGAUAAGCGAAGGCACAAGGAGACGAUCGACUAGUGAGACAAGAGGGAAGCAGCGGCUGGGAGCGCCGGAGAAGGGCUGCGCUUCCCUUGGCAUCGCCCCGCUCUCGCUCGGCGGGUGAGGUGUCCUGCCACAGAGGAGGCUCCCCCGUGCCCGUCCCCGGGUCUGGCCGGGUCCCCACGCCGGGGGCUAGCUCGCUGGCUGGGCACGGUGGGCGCGCCAGCCGCUCUGGGCAGAUGCCAAUUGAGAUCGUGUGUAAAAUUAAAUUUGCCGAGGAGGAUGAGAAGCAGAAGGAGGAAGAAGAAGGGGACAAGGAGAGCCUGAUCGAGGAGCCCAGCCGCCGGUGCACCCAUGACCUGGCCACCUUCGCUGGCACCAGCACCCUGCACGGCCUUGGCCACAUCUGCGGGUCAGGACGCCUGGGUGUGCGGCAGACCCUGUGGGCGUUCGCCUUCCUGCUCUCACUGGCCUUCUUCCUGUCCCAGGCAGCCCGCUCGGCGCUGCUGUACCUGGAGCGCCCGCACCUCACGGCGCUGGACGAGGAGGCUGCCCGCGAGAUGCUCUUCCCGGCCGUGACCAUCUGCAACAUCAACCGGUUCCGCCACUCCGCGCUCUCCGACGCCGACAUCUUCCACCUGGCCAACAUGACCGGGCUGCCCCCCAAGGACCGCGAGGGGCACAGGGCGGCUGACCUACUCUACCCCGACCCGGACAUGGCCGACAUCCUGAACCGCACCGGCCACCAGCUCGACGACAUGCUCCAGAGCUGCAACUUCAGCGGCGAGAAGUGCUCCUCCCGGAACUUCACCGUGGUCUACACCCGUUAUGGCAAGUGCUACACCUUCAACGCCGACAGGAGGAGCCCGCGCGUGACCCGCCAGGGCGGCAUGGGCAACGGGCUGGAGCUGAUGCUGGACAUCCAGCAGGAAGAGUACCUGCCCAUCUGGAGAGAGACCAAUGAGACGUCGUUCGAGGCUGGGAUCCGGGUGCAGAUCCACAGCCAGGAGGAGCCGCCCUACAUCCACCAGCUGGGCUUCGGGGUCUCCCCCGGCUUCCAGACCUUUGUGUCCUGCCAGGAGCAGAGGCUCACCUACCUGCCCCAGCCCUGGGGGAACUGCCGGGCCAGCGUGCCCGGAGAGCAGAUCCUGCCGGGCUACGAGGGCUACAGCAUCGCCGCCUGCCGCCUGCAGUGCGAGAAGGAGGCCGUGGUGAGCAGCUGCCAGUGCCGCAUGGUGCACAUGCCAGGGAACGAGUCCAUCUGCUCGCCCAACGUCUACAUCGAAUGCGCCGACCAGACGCUCGACGCGGCACUGGAGGACCCCCAGGAGCGCUGUAGCUGCCCCACGCCCUGCAACCUGACCCGCUACGGCAAGGAGAUCUCCAUGGUGCGCAUCCCCAACAAGGGCUCAGCCCGCUACCUCGCCCGCAAGUACCACCGCAACGAGACCUACAUCCGAGAGAACUUCCUGGUGUUGGACAUUUUCUUCGAGGCGCUGAACUACGAGGCCAUCGAGCAGAAGAAAGCCUACGAGCUGGCGGGGCUGCUGGGGGACAUCGGGGGGCAGAUGGGGCUGUUCAUCGGCGCCAGUAUCCUGACCAUCCUGGAGAUCCUGGACUACAUCUAUGAGGUGAUCCGGGACAAGGUGAGCCGGGCUCUGGGCCGCUCCAAGCCGCCCCUGAGGAAGCCGUCGGGCAGCAUCGCCACGCUGGGGCUGGAGGAGCACAAUGAUCAGAGCCCCUGCGGGACGCUGGGCCGACACGCCGAGGGCGCCUACAGCACCAGCAUCCUGCCCAACCACCGCUACGCCCACCAGGGCGUCUUCGAGGACUUCGCCUGCUAGACCGGGCUCAGCACUGCGGGUGCGAAGGGCCCCCCAGCCCCACGGGCUGCACGGAGAACGGCACCAGCGCCUGGCACGGCGGGCACCGGGCCCAUCCCCUCCCCAGCUGCUCCCCCGCCCCAGCCCGUCAGCACGCCUGGCGCCUCCCGGAGAGGCAGUAGAUGCUUUGGACCCCUCACCCUUGCCCGAUCCCCUCCCCCUUGGCCCCAGGACGGGCCCAGCACGGCAGCCCCACGCCCAGCCAGCGCCGGGGUUGGCCCAGCACGAAGCACCCGGCGCAGAACAGAGCCACGCAGCCCUGCCCCAGGAGCAGCCAGCCGGGACAGACGUGGCACUGGCCGGAAAACAGCCCGGCCCGAGGAUCGGGCCCAGCACGGGGACUGGGGGACGGGGCAGGGACCACGUGUAAAUGCUGCAUUUGGCUGUGGAGGUGAACCCCCCACACCCAGUGUGAGUGAACACUUCCCCCCACACACCCCCGGGAGGGGCUGCAGCCCAGUGGCUCCCACCCCACGGGGAAGGGGCCUUGCUCAGAACAGUCUUGGGCUGCCCUAGAGCCUCCCGCCCAACAAGCACCCCCUGUGGCUGCACCAGCCAGCUGCAUGACCCCCCCGCGCCAACUACCCCCGCGCAUGCCCUGUCCUGCACCCCCACCCCAGUGAACCCUCCCGAGCUCCCCACACCCCCACCCCAAUGCAGCCCCAACCACGCACAGACCCCACUUCUGUCCCCCCAGUGCAGACCUGCCCCCCAUCUCCAUUCCUUGCUGCGCCCCCCUUAGCCCCCCCCGGGGAUCGGUGUGUCUUGCCCAGCCCCUCUGCACCUGCCCCUACCAGGGCUGCCCGUAACACACAUCUCCUGGGCCUGUGGCCACCCCAGGCCACCUGGCUCCUGCAGCGCCCACCGGCAUGCAGGGGAGUCACGGGCCGGUCCCCAUCAGAGGCUCUGAUGCUGUCUGGGAAGAGGGCCCAAAAUACCUUGAGCCCUGGGGGCGGGGGGCAAGCUGGGUCUCAGGCCCUGUCCAGUGCCCAUAGUGGGGGGUGGUCAGAGCCCAGCCUGACCUACUUCCCCUUUUCCCUUCGCUGGACACUGCCACCACCUGUGGGCACAGCCCCCCCCCCCAGAGCUCCCCCCAGCCCCUCCCGGCCCAUCUCCCACCCCACCCCAUCCCUGGGUGCUGAGCGCCCGCUGUCCCCCCCCCCACACUGUGUGUUUGUGCCCUGAGCCCUGCGCCCCUCGCAGCCCAUUCCCCCCCACCCCAUCCCUGGGUGUUUGUGCCCCAAGACCUGGGCCUUGCCCCAAGCCCUGCACCCCUUCCACCCCAUCCCCCCCACCCCACCCCAUCCCUGGUGUUUGUGCCCCGAGCCCUGCACCCUGCCCAGCACACCCCUCCCAUCGCUCAGGUCUGCACUGCCAGCCGCUGCCUGUGUCAUCCCAGAACCCCCCCCACCCCACGCCGGUUCCCGCCAGCCCUGCUCCCCAGGGAACUCCCACUGCCCUGGGCCAGCCGGGCGGGGCCCUGGGGUGCUGCUGGGUGGGUGGGGUGAGGCAGGGCACAGCCCCUUGGGGGCACCAGGUGUGUGGGGGGGGCAGAACCCAGCCCCGAGGGGUCACCGUGGCAGCAGGGCCCUGGCCGGGGACGGGGGCGGGCAGCACCUUGCGCUGUAGUCACAGCCUCUGCUCCCGGGGUAAUGGGCCGGCACCAGGAUGUGGCUUCAGGGGAGAGGGGGCGGGGGUGUCACUGUGUGAACAUUGGGCAAGGGAGGGACGCUCCCUUCCUACCCCUGCAGGGACUCUUAGUCCUCCGGCCCCUUCACUUUCAGCCCCGGGCACAGCCAUUGGCCUUGGGGCCCUGUGCUCCCUUCCCCACCCCCAGCUGCACAGAGUGGGGAGGGGAGAGGCGUGAUGGGGGAAGGCCCCCCCCUUGAGUAGACUCCUCCUUCACCCCCCCACCACGCCCCCGUGGCUCAGAGCAGCCAACAGGCUGGGCACAGACUGAGCUCCUGGGAGCAUCCCUGGGGGUCUGGACAGACAGACACACAAGGCCACGUACUAUGUGGGGGGCUGGACAGACAGACACGGGAUGACAGGCACCCCGGGACGCACACACAUAGCGCUAAAAAGAAAAGGAGGACUUGUGGCACCUUAGAGACUAACAAAUUUAUUUGAGCAUAAGCUUUCGUGAGCUACAGCUCACUUCAUCGGAUGCAUUUGGUGGAAAAAACAGAG